AUGCCGUUCCGCUGGCUCUGCAUGCACGGAGGAGAAAUGAACUCCACCAUGUUCAAGAUCCAGCUGGCACCUCUGAUGGUAGCCUUGCAAGCUGAGCAUGAUUGCGAGUUUGUAUUUCUUAACGCCACUUUUCCCGUGGAGCACUCUCGCGUCCCAGAUGCGGACUGCUACCCUGGAGGAUACUUUGUCUGGGUCCCAUUGUCAGAGGACACCAAUCGAGACAAACUCAAGCAAUGCCACCAGUACAUCCGCCACAACAUUGACAAACGGGGCCCUAUUGAUGGAAUUAUCGCCUAUUCGCAAGGAUCAUCGAUUGUCUGCGACAUGCUCGUGCGCGAAAUGGUAGAAAAGGUGGACAUUCUUGGUCCAUUGCGCUGUUGCGUCUUUUUUUCGGGCUACUGUCCCCCUCCUGUAUGGGGACCUGACGCUGGGCAUGACAAUGCGCCAGCUAGGCUCUCACCAAAAUCUCUUCCAGAUCCUAUUGCAGUCCCGUCGCUUCAUGUUCUGGGAUCGGAGGAUUUUACGCGCAGUGUGGCGCUGGAGAUGAAAGAAUUGUUUGAGGAGGACUCCGCGCGGCUGCUCGAAUUUGAGGGCGAUCACUGGAUCCCUUCUGAUCUGGCCUGGGUUAUGCAGAUCAAAAAUGAAUUGAAGGCGCUGAUGUGUUACGGGGAGUGA